AAACAAAGAUGGCGUCCCAAGUGGCAGGCAUCGACUUUGAAAAGUGGCAGCUAAAAGUCACCACGGUUCGUGAGCGAAAUGAGUUCAUGUUCAACAACGAGCUUUUGAGUGAUGUUCAUUUUCUGGUGGGUAGUAAAAAAGCUCGAAUUCCCGCUCAUAGAUAUGUUCUAGCUAUCAGUAGCCCUGUUUUUUUCGCUAUGUUUUUCGGGCGAAUGGCGGACGACACGAAAGAGAUCCCAGUUGUGGACACUGAAGAAGAAUGUUUCACGGAGCUUUUGCGCUAUGUCUACACGGAUAAAUGCUUGCUGACGUUGGAUAACGCUUUAGGAGUUCUGUAUCUUGGUAAAAAGUACUUGUUAUCGGUCCUUGUAAACAAGUGCGCGGCGUUUGUGGAAAAACACUUGAACCCCGACAAUGCACUCACUGUUUUGUGCCACUCGCGGUACCUGGGAGAGAAGUGUUUGGAGGAAAAGUGCUGGGAUAUUAUUGAUGUCCACACUGCUAAAGUUUUGCAAUCUGAGUAUUUUGCUGAGUUAGAUAUGGAGACGCUGUUGUUGUUGGUUCAAAGAAGUUCUCUUAGCGUAAAGGAGAUUUCCCUGUUCCAUGCAGUGAAGUCCUGGGCUGAGGCCGAGUGCUAUAGAAAAGACAUAGAACCAAGUCCCCAGAACCAAAGAUCCGUUGCAGCUGAAGCAUUGAAGUAUAUUCGUUAUCCCGUUAUGUCCCCGGUGGAGUUUGCUGACGAGGUUGCACGCUGCGGGCUACUUACAAGCGAAGAGACAACGAGUGUGUUUUUAUUUUUCCUAUCAAGCUUUGAAACCAAAAUCUCGUUUACUAAUGCCCCAAGAGUACCCAGACCUUUGGCCGCUCAAAAGACGUAUAGAUGCUCCCGCUUUAAAAGCUGCUGCGGAAAUGACUGGUUUUGCGAUACAAGAAAGCACGAUGGAAUCAAAUUUAUGACUGACCGCCGCAUGUACAUAAAGGGAGUGGGUCUUUAUGGUGCUAGCAAGACAGAAGGGGACUAUAAGACAACGGUUGAAUUAAAAGAACAGGACAGAAUUCUCGCUCAGACUAAAGCAACUUAUUCUUCAUUCACACACGACUUAGUUUGUGACAUACUAUUCGAUGAGAGUAUUGCAAUAGAGAAGAAUAUAGUUUAUACGAUAACAGUUUUGCUUAAGGGACCUUGCUCGCUAAGUGGAACAAACGGGCAGCGUGAAGUUCUGGUCGAAGGAGCUAAAUUCACAUUUUUAGAAUACACGAGCCCUAAUGGUACUUCACUAUCUGCAGGACAGAUACCCGAAAUAAUUUUUAAUUUUUGAUGAUAGAAUAGCAGAAUUUUUGUGUGUGUGCCAGGUGGCGUGAAACAAGCGUCAGUGUUUAGAUUAUAUAUUGAAAUGUGGAAGUAAGAACAUGUAGGAAGCGAAAUUAGAUUUUUUUAUUCUUUAUGCCCUCGGGGUGCUUUUUCAAAGAGUCAUUUAAAAGCAUCGGAUGCUUCUCGCUUGUUGUAUAUCUUGGAUACCGGUUAAUAUUACUAGAAUACAGAAACUUUAUGGAAAUGUUAUUUGAUUUUUAUCGAGACCUUCGACGGCUUGUGUUACAUCAAACUUCCAAAAUGCAAACAUUUACAAAUGUUUACACCUAUACUACAGGUUGUUUUAAGAAGGCUUUGGAGUAGUUUGCCACAAAAAGGUCACUUAAAUUUCUAAAGCUGGUACCAACCAGUGAAUUUUGAAUAUUGAAUUAUAUGCUAAUUCCUAUUUAACUUUAUAAAUAACGGUAAGGAUCACACGAAAAUGUCUUUUCAAAGAAAUUCAGCGGGAAAUGAUAGUAUUUCAGUUUUCUUUUCCUUUUUCUUCGUCUCCACCUUAUUCUCCACCAAAUAUUCUGUUGUUAUUUCUUAUAUUUAACUUGUAUUUUUUGUCAAUAUUCAAAUAAUCAAUCCCGGCUUUGUUCGAAGUCAUUUGCAUUUUGUUUUUUCAUUUGUUUGUACACUGUAAUCUUUCUAUGUAUAUAUAUAUUUCCAAAUUUGUAAAAAAUGUAUCUUGGGAAACCUUGUGCUUCAAAAAGGUUAUUUUUACUGUUUCUAGAGAAUUUCUUCAUUUAUUCCCUUCCAAGGUAAAGAAGUCUCCUCUUGUUAUCAGGUUGUCAGGGAAACGUGAUCACUUCAUAAGAAGGGAGCAAGGAGAAAUAGAAAAUAGAAAAUAUGAAUUUGCUUAUAGGUGGUAGUCAUCCGCUAGCUGCUAUAAAAUAUUUUAAAGAUUAGAAAACGCUGUGUUUCCAUUUAUAUUCAUCUUAACCGGCUUGCUGAUACAAAUUAACAGUUAUGAAAAGUUCGCCAGUCGUUAGAUCUAGAUAGUUUGACAAAAUACUUACUUAUGUAAAGACAUAGAGCAAAUAAAUGAUGUGGAAAAUUCGACUUUGGAAAAAAAAUAAAAACUUUUUUUUUCGCAAA